CUACAAUUUACAUGAAUCUCAACUAGAACUACGGUACAUUUGUAUAUUCAAUUGUAGUUAUUUUAAUUUUAAGAAAUACAACAGAGUUGGAGGAAAACAAAUUGAUUUCACCUGCACUACACUGUAUUCUUGUCAUAUAUUUUUAUUCAUUCCUUGUUAUUGAUCCCUGAAUAAGAACUCACAAACUACACACAUACAACUACUAUGGCCCCUGUUAAGGAUACUGCCAACGAGGCCACUCAGGCCGUUGAGGUCAAGGAGACAAAGAAGCAACCUAAGAAGGAAGAAGAAGAGCUUUCCGAAGAAGACCAACGUCUUAAGGAUGAUUUGGAAAUGCUAGUUGAAAGAUUGAAUGAAUCAUCUCAGACUGUGGAGUUUUAUGGCAAAUGUUUAAACACCUUGAAGGAUUUCAUUAAGGACUCUACCACUUCCAUGACUGCUGUUCCUAAGCCAUUGAAGUUCUUGAGACCUCAUUACCCUCUCUUGACCGAGAUUUAUGAUAAAUGGGCUGAAGCAAAGUCUCCAAUAGUAGAUCAAUUGGCUGAUGUUUUAUCAGUGUUGGCCAUGACUUAUUCAGAUGACGGGAAACGUGAUUCAUUAAAGUACAGAUUAUUGUCUUCUUCCGACACAAUUGCUGACUGGGGUCAUGAAUACAUGCGUCAUCUUGCUCUCGAAAUCGGUGAGACCUAUCAAGAAAAGUUGGGGGUUGAUGAAGAAGCAAUCAAUCAAUUGGUUUCUUUAUCUCUUAAGAUCGCUCCAUUCUUCCUCAAGCAUAACGCUGAAGCUGAUGCAGUUGAUUUGCUUUUGGAAAUCGAAUGUAUUGAAAAAUUGCCUGAAUUUGUUGAUGAAAGUACUUUUGCAAGGGUUUGCUUAUAUAUGGUCAGUUGUGUACCACUUUUGGCUCCACCUGAUGAUUCGGCAUUCUUGCACACUGCCUUCUCCAUCUAUCUUACCAACAAUAGCUUGACCCAAGCCUUAACCUUGGCCAUGAAGCUUGAUGAUGAAGAUUUGAUCGCUCAAGUUUUCCAAUCUACUGAAGAUGAAUUGGUUCACAAACAACUUGGUUUUAUAUUAUCUCAACAAAACACGAGUUUCAAAUACCCAGGAGAAGAUGAAGUUGUUCAACAAUGUAUUUCUAACGUGAAAUUACAUGAAUAUUUUGCCUAUCUCGUCAAGGAAUUGAACUUGUUGGAUCCAAAGGUUCCAGAAGAUAUUUAUAAAUCUCAUUUGGAAAAUGCCAAGUUUGGAAUAGGUACUUCAGGUUCAAUUGAUUCUGCUAAGCAAAAUUUGGCUGCUGCCUUUGUCAAUGCAUUUAUCAAUUUGGGUUAUGGUGCUGACAAGUUGAUUCAAACUGAAGAAGACAACAAAUCUUGGAUCUACAAGACCAAGGGACAUGGUAUGAUUUCCACCACUGCAUCUCUUGGUUCCAUUCAUCAAUGGAAUAUUAAUGAUGGUUUGCAAAACUUGGAUAAAUAUACCUAUUCCACUGAAGAUGAAGUCAAGGCUGGUGCCUUACUUGGAACUGGUAUUGUUUCUGCCAACGUACACGAUGAUGUUGAAGCUGCUUUGGCCUUACUUCAAGAAUAUGUUACCGAUCCAAACAAGUUGUUGCAAACUUCAGCUAUUAACGGUUUAGGUAUUGCCUUUGCUGGUUCUUCAAAUGAAGAAGUUUUAAACUUGUUGUUACCAUUAGUCUCUGAUUUGGAUGUCCCUGUUGAAGUUUCUUCAUUGGCUGCUCUUGCUUUGGGUCAUGUCUUUGUUGGUACUUGUCAUGGAGAUAUUACUUCAACUAUUUUACAAACCCUUUUGGAAAGAGAUUUCGUUCAACUUACCAACAAAUUUGUAAGAUUCUUAUCUUUAGGUUUGGGUUUGUUGUAUAUGGGUAAGACAGAACAAGUUGAAGAUGUAUUGGAAACUAUUGAUGCCAUUGAACAUCCAAUCAGUAAAACUUUGAAGGUUUUAGUCAAUAUCUGUGCAUAUGCUGGUACUGGUAACGUCUUACAAAUCCAAUCGCUCUUACAAAUGUGUACUGCUAAGCCAAAGGAUGAUUCUGCCGAGGAAAAGCAAUUGGGACAAAGUGAGGAAGAUCAAUUGAAACAAGAAGAAGCAUCUGGUGAAGCUGAUGCUGAUGCUUCUGCAACUGCAACUGAUUCGACCAAGGAUGGUUCGAGUGCAGAUGUCGAGAUGAAGGACGCUGAAGAAGAAGACAACAAGGUUGAUGAAGAUGGUGAUGAAGAUAAAGAAAAGAAGAAGGAGCAAGACGAGGAAGAUGAAGAUGAAGAACUUUAUCAAGGAUUUGCUGUCUUGGGGCUUGCAUGUAUCGCAAUGGGUGAAGAAAUUGGACAAGACAUGUCUUUACGUCACUUUUCUCAUUUGAUGCAUUAUGGUAACCCUCUCAUUCGUAGGGCUGUGCCUUUGGCAAUGGGGCUUGUAUCCACUUCUAACCCUCAAAUGAAGGUCUUUGAUACCUUGUCUCGUUAUUCACAUGACCCAGAUCUUGAGGUUGCACAAAACGCAAUCUAUGCCAUGGGUUUGGUAGGUGCCGGUACAAAUAACGCUAGAUUGGCUCAAUUGUUGAGACAAUUAGCAUCCUAUUACCUCAAGUCUGCUGAUUCAUUAUUUAUGGUUAGAAUUGCUCAAGGUAUUUUACAUCUCGGAAAGGGUACCUUGUCAUUGACUCCAUUCAAUAGUGAAAGAACCAUUUUAUCAAAGGUUUCGUUGGCAUCAUUGUUGACCAUUUCUGUUGCCUUAUUAGAUCCUAAAUCUUUUAUCUUAAGUGACAGUACCAGUGAAACUAGUCAUCAACUCUUAUACUAUUUGACUCCAGCCAUCAAGCCAAGAAUGUUAAUCACAGUUGAUGAAGAAUUGAACCCAAUCAAGGUGAAUGUUAGAGUUGGUCAAGCUGUUGAUGUUGUUGGACAAGCUGGUAAGCCUAAGACUAUUACUGGUUGGGUGACGCAAUCCACGCCUGUUUUGUUAAACUAUGGUGAGAGAGCCGAGUUAGAAAACACAGAAGAAUGGAUCAGUUUGAACUCUUCAUUGGAAGGUAUUGUGAUCUUGAAAAAGAAUCCCGAAUACAUGGAGGUUGAUAAUUAGAUUGGAGAGGUGAUGGAAUUUCGAAAAAUAAUGUAAUCCAUAGGAAUAGAGAAUAAAUGUCUUGUUACAUUUCAUUUUAUAUAGGACGUC